AUGUACAACGAGUUAUGUGCAAGUCUUCUGCGUCUACGUAGAGUGCAAGUUAAUCCUGGAGACUCCGUCAUCCAGCGUAAGGGAGAUUCGCCUAUUGAGUUGAAACUCGAGCCAUUAAACAUUCCAACCUUUGACGGAGCGCUGCACAAUUGGUUGACCUUUAAGGACGCCUUUGAAACAUUAGUGCACAACAGGGAUUUACCGCCAGCAUAUAAACUCGGUAAAUUGCGUCAAGCUGUGCCAUCAGCAUCGGUUCCUCUGGUGGGUGGUCUGUAUUCGGGAGGUUACAAGGAAUUGUGGCGAGCAUUAAAUGAGCGGUAUGAUAACCCCAAGCAGUUAGCAGAAGUACAUGUCGCUCGCUUCCUCAACCUCGCACCAGUGUCGGAGGACUCUGCAAAGACGCUGCUGAAUAUCGUCGAUGUAGUGAGCGAGUCCCUGCGUGCAUUGACUGUUAUGAAAUUGCCAGUGACUGAGUGGGACGCAUUGACAGUACCCAUUGUAUUCUCGAAACUUCCAUCUGUAACACAGCAUGAGUGGUGCAUGCACUGUUCUCCGACUGAGAUAAGCAGCUUAACAGAUUUAUUGAAAUUUCUGGAGAAGAGAGCGCACAGUCUUUCCACAGAGCUUGUACGGGUGCGUCCCGGCUCUGAACCAGGGGUAGGACGUCAGCAAGGGCGAUCGUCAUCAGCACGUGCAGUUAAAUGCAAUUUAGCGUCCGAGAAUUCUAAGUGUCCAUACUGCCAGGGUGCUCACAAGAUCAUACGUUGUCCAAGAAUAUUAGAUUUGCCGCCAGAAAAACGAUUUGAGGCCCUAAGAAAGUCUGGUCUGUGCUUUAAUUGUUUAGGACAAGGGCAUUUAUCCAACCAGUGCUCUUCAGGUGGAUGCCAUAAGUGCGGACGCAAACACAAUACAAUUUUCUGCCGCGAUUCUCCAAACACUGCAGCAGCUGCGGCAUCGAAGGCCGCCAUGCCUGCCACGUCCAAUCCCCCAUCGUCGCAGGUUAAGUCAUCUACGCCCACAUCAUCAUCUUUAUGA